UAGCCCUUAUAUCUCUGUCUUUCUCCUUUCAUUAUUCUCUAAAAGAGCAGCUCUUUAAUGCACCAACAACCGCCUUUAAGCUCUCCUCGUUUUCUUAAAACCUUGUAGCAAAAGGGUUUCUUUUUCUUCCAAUUUCUAUUUCAGAAAACAAAGAACCAAAAGUUUCACUUCCCUUGGAUCUUUUCUUUUUCACUAUCUGUUCAAAGGAUGAAUAAACAAGAUGCCAUGAAGAUGCAGACAUGGGUUCUCAAAGUGAAUAUACAGUGUAGCUGUGAUGGGUGUAAGCAGAAAAUAAGGAAGCUGUUGCAGAAAGUUGAUGGGGUGUAUACGACUAGUGUAAAUGUAGAUCAAGGGAAGGUGACGGUGACCGGGACCGGUAAUGUUGAUCCGGCUGUACUCAUCAAGAAGCUGCAGAAAUCUGGGAAACAUGCACAGUUAUGGGGUUGUGCUGAAAAGGGGGGUUCAAAUAAUUUGCCCAACCAGUUCAAGAACAUAAGUAUGGAUGGUGGCAAAGGGGGGAAGGACAACAAAUCUCAGAAAGGCGGUGGUGGUGGAGGCGGCGGCGGCGGAAAUAACCAGCAGAAAGGUGGGCAGCAAUUUGCACCACAGCAUCUGCAACAUAUGCAGCAGAUGAUGAAAGGGUUUAACCCUCCCAAAGACCAGAAAUCUGUCAAGUUUAACUUGCCUGAGGAUGAUGGGAGUGAUGAUGAUUAUGAUGAUGAGUUUGAUGAUGAAUUUGAUGAUGAGUUCGAUGAUGAUGAUGAGGAAUUUGGUCAUGGACAUGGGCAGGGUCAGAUGCAAAACAAGAUGGUGGCUAUGAUGGGAAAAGGCCAUGGGGGGCCAAAUGGUAUGAUUAAUGGUCAUGCCAUGAAUGGUAAAAAAGGCGGUGGUGGUGGUGGGGAUAAUGGGAAGAAAGGUGGAGCUGUUGAUAUGCCCAUGGUGAUGAAAGGCAUGGGGGAGAAGAAAGAAGGCAAAAAGAAAGGAGGAGGUGAAAAGAAUAAAGGGGGUAAAGGAGGUGAUAAACAUGGUGGUAAAAAAGGGGGUGGGGGAGGAGGUUUACUUGGGUUUUUCAAGAAGGAUAAAAGUGGAAAAGAUUCCGGUAAGAAGGGUAAAAAUGAGUGGGAUGAUUAUGGUAAAAAUAAGGGCUCAUCUCAUAAUGCAAAUGGAGGCCAUGGUGGUGGUGGGAACAAUAAUGGCAAUGGAGCUAAAAAAGGUGGGGGCAAAAAUGGUGGUGGUGGGGGCCAUCAUGAGAUGAUGAACAAAAUUAAAAGUGGUGGGUUUCAAAACGUUGAUGUUAUUAAUCAUGGCAAAGGUGGUGGUGGGGGUGCGGCCCCUGGCGGUGGCCACGGAGGUGGCAAUGGAAGCAAGAAUAUGGGACAGAUGGGCCAAAUGGGGAAUUAUCCAAUGAACCAGAUGGGUAACUUUGCUGCAGUACAAGGACUACCAGCACCAGCACCAGCACCAGCAGCACCAAUGAACAGUGGUGGUGGGUAUUAUCAAGGGAUGGGGCCUGGGAAUCCCUAUAAUCAGCCUCAAUAUAUGCCUGCCAUGAUGAUGAACCAGCAGAGAGCAAAUGGGGGGAUGUAUCAGCCAAUGAUGUAUGCUCAACCAUAUCCUCCCCAAGCAAGCUACGGCCCUCCGCCUAUGCAUCAGCCCCACUCCGAAUCGUAUGCUCAUUACUUCAGUGAUGAAAACGCAAACAGCUGCAGUAUCAUGUAAAAUUUUCCCAGUAUUAGUAAUGCUUUUUCUUUUCCAUCGAUCUUUUUUGGCUCUCACUAGGGUGCUUUACACAAAAGCUUGCAAGGGAAAUGUUUAGUUUUCCCUAUA